UAAGCUGCUCAAUCGGUCUAAGGGACCAAUAUCGGCCCGUGUAUGGGAACCUCUAGAGACAUAACACUUUUGUUACUCCAAUGCACCAAGCUAAUGGAGACUGAAGAAUAGCAUUCCACGCAGUGAAGCUUCUGAUUGGAUAAGACUCCUGCAUAAUAAAUAAAGCCCUAGCACUGAGCGCAGAACCCAGGCCUCUAUUAAAGGGGAAAUAAAGAUGAUUGUGCCAAAGUGCCAAUACCUGUAUAACUGGACGAGCCGCAUUGGAACCUGCUGUUUUGUUCAGAUUGAGAGCUGGGAAAUUACACACUGCACUUCCUGUUUCACUACUCGCCACGGUACAAAGUAGCGUCGGUGCAGCUGAAAUAUGUGUAGUUGUGACAUCAGCAGAAAGUACCCGUCUCCGAGGCCUGGCGCUACUCAGGGGAAUUUCUCAGUAUUUUCCUGCAUGGCCCACUCACCCCACAUCCUUGAUAUACUGAGAUUAGUCAGUGGCUGCACUGUGGGUUCUCCCAGCGACAAGUAUUAGCCCAGUCCUUUGCUUUCUGUUCAUCAGAGCCGGUUGUCGCCCCGGUGUCGGAGGUCUGGAUGCCACGGACCAUGUUUAAACUGGAGGCGAAUCUGAGCUCGGUUCCCGUCGAGAAUGAGUUUGUGUUUGGCUACCCGACGACUAUCUGCGACGUUGCACCCGGGGAGAAAUAUCUCUGCUGCAGCUGCAAGAAUGUUCUAAAGAAAGCGCAACAAACACUGUGCGGCCACAGAUACUGCACCCCCUGUCUGGUGUGGAUAGUAAGCAGAAAUCAUGACCUGUGCCCUAAAUGUAAAGCAGAAGAUCCUACAACUUUAAGUGACGACAGUCUGUUAAAGGAAGAGCGGGCUUUUAGUGAUGCAGCGAUCAAUAAGGAAAUUUCGGAACUCAAAGUUCACUGUGUGAUCCCAGGAUGCACCUGGAGGGGGCUCAUGAGAGACUACGAGGAGCAUGAGAGCUUGUGCAACUACGCCUUGAUACCCUGCCACACCGGCUGCGGGCACCGGGUCAUGAGGAAGCAGCUGGCCGACCACUUGGAAAGCGAAUGCCCCAAUAACACUAUUAAGUGCCCCAAAUGCACCCAGCACUUUUCCAGUAACGAGUUUCCAAAACACAGAUGUGAGAAGGGCCCGACGGAUGACCAAAGCCACCGAAAAACUGACCAAUCGGCGAAAGGAAAGAAUGGGAAUUCUCAUUCCAAAAAGGAAAAAUGCCACUUUACGCCACUUGGCUGCACUUAUGUGGGGAGCAGAGAAAAAAUCAAGGAGCACUAUAGGACCUCCGCCGCAGCCCAUCUCUCUCUGGUGUGCCCGCUCAUAUUGAGAAUAAAGGAUAACUUAACCAACACUGAAGGGAAGAAAAAUGGAUUUUAUGUGCCGCUUGCAGACUCUACAGAUGGUCCUGGUCAGAAGAACCCAUUUAGCCUUCAGGCUGAGGACUUUAAAGCAGGAAAUGGAGAUCUUGAGUUGGACUGUGGGCAUGCUGUGGGUCAGCCAAGUGAUGAGGUGGCAAACCGGCUCUCACUCCUGGAAACUCGACUGCAGGUAUUUGAGAAUAUCAUAUCUGUGCUCAGCAAGGAGAUUGACAGCUCUCAGUCCCAGUUGGCUGCCAUUAAGGAGCAGAAGGCAGAAGAAGAGAGAAAGGUCAAAGCCUUGGAACACAAGGUUGAAAACUUACGCUGCACUUUGGCCAUGAAGGACAUUGUGCUGAAUGAACUGGAGAUGCGCUCCGCCUGUUUGGAGCAAACCUCGUACGACGGAGUCUUUCUAUGGAAAAUCUCAGACCUGACCAAUAAAAGUCACGACGCGGUCACGGGAAGAGCCAUCAGUCUGUAUUCCCCAGCUUUCUACACGGCCAAAUAUGGCUACAAAGUGUGCCUACGGAUUUAUCUGAAUGGAGACGGAGCAGGGAAGGGGACUCAUGUCUCUCUGUUUUUUACUGUCAUGAAAGGGGAAUAUGAUGCCCUUCUACCCUGGCCAUUCAAACAUAAGGUCACCUUUGUGCUUGUGGACCACAACAACCGAGACAGCGUGUUUGACGCCUUCCGCCCAGACGUCACAUCCGCCUCAUUCCAGCGCCCAAUCAACGACAUGAACGUGGCCAGCGGCUGCCCCUUAUUUUGCCCCAUUGCCAAACUGAACUCCCCCAAACACGCCUACAUCAGAGAGAACACCCUGUACAUUCGAUGUAUCAUCGACACCAAUUCCUAGAGGGGCCACCUCUCGUUUACACUAAUGGAACAAAAUGAGCAGCUCUGCUACUGACCUCUGGAUAGUCUAGAACCCUGGCACAACGAGUCAAGAACCAAUUUGUAGGGUGGUCUGCUCUACCAAAGACAUUAGUAUAUCCCUGCAUUCAACUAUUUGGGUGGGAGAUAGUCUUCACCCAUCAGCCAUUGCUCUCCAAUCCAAAGUGAUAUCCUACCUGGGAAACUUUAAAAAGGGGCAGGGCUAGCAGAUAGGGCCACUAAUGGCUCCUGAAGAACGUAAUGUUAUGGAAUGGAAUGCUGACCUACCUAUAGAUACUCAAAUAGCUAAUAAGGCCUAUAUUAUAUGUAUUUAUUUACCUUUACUGAUGAAAUUAUUCCUUCUGUACCCGGGGUGUCUCUGGUGGGCCCAUGGGGGGCGGGGUCAUUGAAGCUCCACCCCCUCCCACCAGUAGUUCCCCUUGUUUCAGUUAAUAUAAUAUAAUGUUUCAGUUAUAUAAUCUGAAUGUUUCGGUAUUUGUACCCAUCUAUUGCACAGUGCGGCCAACUAGGUCUGCCCUCUGUAAAUAAUGGUGUAUUAACCCAUUGUGAGCACUUUUUAUUUUUACAUGUAUGUUUUUGUAUGUGCUGCUCUGUGUUCUGAGGUAUAUUUAUAUUUCACAUUAAAAUAACAAUGACACAUUGAA